AACUACAUCAGCAAUUUUCUUACAAACAUUUUAACCCGGCAUAUCCACUACUCCGAUCACAAAACAUAAUUGGAUGGGCUGAAUAUCCGAGUUUAAUUUGACUAUUUAGAAGUAUCGCUUUGUUUCCAUUCAAACGGAGCGCAUGUGCGGCGUGUCGUGAAGCGGGCGGUGAAUCAUCUUGACUAUUGACUGGAGAAGUGAAACUCUUUGUCCGGACUAAAGUUUGUGUUUGCAUAAAGAGAGCAGUCAGAGGACAGAGUGACAGGUUUGUCCCAGCAGGACCCACAAAAUCAGGGUCAGACACUUCCCACAGUGAGUCCGGGGACCUGCGAGCGUGUUUCCGUCGUGUUAUUAGUGCUAGCAGGUGAGUGAAGAUGAGCCCGAGCCGCGUGCUCCUGUGCGCGCUCCUCCUGCUCUGCGUUGAGGGCUCUCUGGGGGACACUCCGGCCAACUGCUCCUACGAGGACCUGCUGGGGACCUGGGUCUUCAAGGUGUCCAAGGUGGGACACGACCAGACCAUCAACUGCUCCUCUGAAGCCGCAGGCGAGAGCACCGUGACCGUGACCCUGGAGAAACUGUCUGUGGCUACGGAUGAGCUGGGAAACACCGGCUUCUUCACCCUCAUCUACAACCAGGGCUUCGAAGUGGUCAUCAACGGCUACAAGUGGUUUGCUUUCUUUAAGUACACUCAGGAUGGCAGUCAGGUGACCAGCUACUGUGACCAGACCCUGCCGGGGUGGGUCCACGACGUCCUCGGCCGCAACUGGGCCUGUUUUGUGGGGAAGAGGGUGGACCCGGUGCCCCCCCGCGCAAACUAUAAACCUCUCCUGAGCAGCAGGCUGCUCAAUAAGCCAUAUAAACACAACCUGGACUUCAUUGAUUCCAUCAACGCCGUGCAGAAGUCCUGGAAGGCCGUGGCGUAUGAGGAGCAUGAGCUGUUCACCCUGCGGGAGCUGCACUACAGAGCAGGAGGGCCUGCUUCACACAUCCCAAGGCGUCUUCGCCCUGCGUCUGUGAAAGCUGACGUUGCCAAGAUGGCAGCGGCUCUGCCGGAGCACUGGGACUGGAGGAAGGUUGACGGCGUUAACUUUGUUAGCCCUGUGAGAAACCAAGGAUCGUGUGGCAGCUGCUACUCCUUCGCCACCAUGGGAAUGCUGGAAGCUCGGGUUCGAAUCCUGACCAACAACAGCCAAGCGCCCAUCUUCAGCCCUCAGCAGGUGGUCUCCUGCUCCGAGUACGCUCAAGGUUGUGAUGGGGGGUUCCCGUACUUGAUUGGGAAGUAUGUGCAGGAUUUCGGCAUCGUGGAGGAGUCCUGCUUCCCGUACAUUGGAAAGGACUCUCCGUGCGGCGUUCCCAAAAACUGCGUCCGCACCUACACGGCAGAGUACGGCUACGUCGGUGGAUUCUAUGGCGGCUGCAGUGAAGCGGCCAUGAUGUUGGAGCUGGUGAAGAACGGGCCCAUGGCGGUGGCCUUUGAGGUGUACCCUGACUUCAUGACCUAUAAGGAGGGAAUCUACCACCACACCGGCCUCACGGACGUCUUCAACCCCUUCGAGCUGACCAACCACGCCGUGCUGCUGGUGGGCUACGGCCGCUGCCACAUGACCGGGCAGAAGUACUGGAUCGUCAAGAACAGCUGGGGCGAGGGCUGGGGCGAGGGCGGCUUCUUCCGCAUCCGCCGGGGCAGCGACGAGUGCUCCAUCGAGAGCAUCGCGUUGGCAGCCACCCCCAUCCCCAAGCUGUAGAAAUCAGCGUCAGUGGUUUUAUGUAGCAAGAAUGUUUUUAACGUCUGAGAGCCAGUGAGACUAAAACUUCAAGCUGAACUCUGUAAGUUUUUCACAAGGAGCGAGUCAGACUUGUUCUUCUCUACCGUAGCAAGUGGAGCCAGAAGUGCUCACAAAACUUCACAUCACGAUAAAAACUUCCAGAUUUCAGCUUCUUGGCCAGAAAUAUUGUUUGAAAGGGAAAUCGAUGGAUUCUUUCACAAUGGGGAUCUUAUUUUUAUUUUUUUAAGCCAUAUCUUGCACUGUCUUAUUUCACUUUUAGAUCACCACAAUUGACAAGGGAAUCACCCGUCCUCUCACCACUUUGAUAGUUACUGCAGUAAAACUCCAGACUUCAAGUCAGCUUUUUAACGUAUUUCUCAUAUUCUUUUGUUUACAGGCCUCAAAAUGGAUUUUAAUUAAAGGGAACUGUCAUCCUCUUUGGAUGCCAUGAGUGUUAUUGAGAUGGAUUUACUCCGUCAGGUAUUUCUGUUUUAGAUUCUCGCCUCAGUGGUUUUGGCCAGCAUUGAUUAACCGUCCAUGAAUGAUUGAGUUCAAGCUGCAACUGCCAAAUUAAAGUGGAAUUUAAAUGGAUUGACACAUACCGUCUGAGACGGGAAGAGUUACUGUUCAUGCGUUCAGGUGCAGGGCUUUGAUGUGUUAGUCUCAGGGAAGCACAGCAGAAAAUCAGUUUCAUUUGUGUCCUUGCAUCACAAUCGCAAUGCUGUAACUGUCCUGUCUCUGUCGGCUUGUUUGUGAGCAGCGCUCGCUGAGGGGCUUUUGAAAAGGAUGUCUGGAAAAGCCAAUAAAGGGAUGCUAUUGAUUGCAGUGCCUUUUA